UGUGUGCUGCUACCGAGUAGUCAUACUCACAGACACACACUAGGAGGGGGACGGGUUUGUCCGGUCAAACACAACACACAGACUGUCAUUUCACCGCAGUUGAGUUGAGAUUGAGAGAGGAAAUUAAGGAAAUACCGAAGAAGAAAAAGGAGAAGGAGAAAAAGAAGGAGAAGAAGAAAGGAGGUUACAGCCGUUGGCGCUAGCUAACUGAAACUUUGGAAGAUGGAAAAUUCGUCCAGCAACCACCGGUUUCGGUCCACAAUGUUUAACCACGAUGAUGAGGACCAGGACAAGGAAUACGUUGGUUUUGCGACACUGCCAAACCAGGUACACCGCAAGUCAGUGAAGAAGGGAUUUGACUUCACGCUCAUGGUGGCAGGGGAGUCUGGCCUGGGAAAGUCCACUCUGGUCAACAGUCUCUUUCUCACAGAUCUGUACAAAGAUAGGAAGUUGCUCAAUGCUGAAGAGCGUAUUACACAAACAGUAGAAAUCACCAAACAUACAGUGGAUAUAGAAGAAAAAGGUGUCAAACUAAAGCUCACCAUCGUGGACACCCCUGGCUUCGGGGAUGCUGUUAACAACACUGAAUGCUGGAAGUCAGUGGCUGACUACAUCGACCAACAGUUUGAGCAGUACUUCAGGGACGAGAGCGGCCUCAACCGCAAGAACAUCCAGGACAACCGCGUCCACUGCUGCCUCUAUUUUAUCUCACCGUUUGGUCAUGGCCUCCGACCUUUGGAUGUUGAAUUUAUGAAAGCUCUCCAUGAGAAGGUUAACAUUGUCCCCAUCUUGGCCAAAGCUGACACGCUCACCCCAAAUGAGGUCAAGAAAAAGAAAAUAAAGAUCCGUGAGGAGAUUGAGCAGUACGGUAUCAAGAUAUAUCAGUUCCCUGACUGUGACUCUGAUGAAGAUGAGGAGUUUAAGCAGCAAGACAUUGAGCUUAAGGAAAGCAUUCCCUUUGCGGUGAUCGGUAGUAACACGGUGGUGGAGGCCAAAGGGAAAAGGGUGAGAGGACGACUCUACCCAUGGGGCAUUGUGGAGGUGGAAAACGCAGCACAUUGUGAUUUUGUGAAGUUGAGGAACAUGCUCGUUCGCACACAUAUGCAAGACCUGAAGGACGUGACCCGGGAGACUCAUUAUGAGAACUACAGAGCCCAGUGCAUCCAGAGCAUGACCCGCAUGGUGGUGAAGGAACGCAACCGCAAUAAACUAACCAGGGAGAGCGGCACAGACUUCCCCAUCCCCGUGGUGCCUGGAGUCGCAGACAACGAGACAGAAAAGCUCAUCCGAGAAAAAGACGAGGAGCUGCGGCGGAUGCAGGAGAUGCUGCAGAGGAUCCAGGAUCAAAUGCACACUCAGAAGGAAGCCUAUUAACACAGGGCACAAGCUACACUCCCUACACGUCACUCUGCAACUGGGACUUACAAAAAGCACCCAGAAACCUUUAUUCCUCUCUAGAACAUUGACAUCCCUUUGUGUCCACACAUCCAUCCUCAGCACAAGAAUCAGGGACCUGCAGGAGGUGGUAAGACAUCGAACAUUUGCAGCUUAAUUAUCCUCUCAUGAGUCCGACAUCACAACUUCAAUGCUGCAAAACACUCCACCCUUCACUCCUUUGUUUUUUGCUCUGUCUGAACUCUAAAAGAAUUAAGGUAUAUAUGCUUUAGUUUGAGGGAUUUUUAGUUGCCUGUAAUAGUACGGAUGUUUCAAUUAUCUGAACAUUAUUUAGCCACUUGAUCACAGGGUUUUUAUUUUAUUUUAUUUGACUCGUAUAUCAAUCUGAUAUGAGGUUUCAUAAGGUGACCUGCUCAGACUUUGUUAAGCACACUUUUCUGGUGCAAGCGUUUAUUUUUAUUAUCUUAAAGGUUCAACAUGCAUAUAUAUUGUUAUAAUUUAAUUUUCUAUAAAACACUCAUAAACAUUUGUUCUACUGUAUGGAUGAUUGUUUUCUUAAGGUGAUGUUUGGUUAUUUUAUUUGGCUCAGAGUCAUUUAAAUUAAGUUUUAUCAGCAUGUUUAUAAAAGUUGCCACCUCUACCAUCAGCAUGAUUUUAGAGGGUCUUUACAUUGUUGGCCAGUCUUAAUUCAAUGCUUACUCAUCACCAUAUCAACAUUUAAUCUGUUUACAUGAAAAAAAAAAUUACGAUUUAUUUUAUUUUAUUUUUGAGAAAGCCCCCAAAACAUUUGUUUCAAAGCCAGCUGGCGACACCUGUAAGUGUCUAGAGGUGUUUUCAGACAAGACCCUUUAUUUUGCACAAGGUGAGCAAGCAGCGGAGGGUUGCAUCAAAGGCCAUGCAGUGUAUUUAUUUUGCUUGCAUUUUGUGAAGGUUAAUCUGAUUGCAGACCAGUUAAAAUGAUCUGUUUCUUUGUGAGCAAUGGAAUAUGUAGUGAGUUGAUGAGUUUGAUGUUUGCUGAACUAACUGUUGCUCUUUCAAACCAAGGCUGCAACGUCCCAAAUUUUUGAUUUCCUUUUAUAAUUGUGGCUUUUGUUCAAUCUUAUGAAAGCAAAGAAUAAUGAUCAAAUGUAUUGGUUGAACUUAAUUCUCUGGCUUUUCAUUUUGAGUCCCCAGCAAAACCUAAACUUUUUUCUCUAAUAAUGAAAUGACUCUGCCAUGUUGUGUGACCUUUGUUUUGUAAAAGAAGAAAAACAUUCCUCAAGCUUUUUGGUUUCAGAAUUUGUUUUAUAUUAAAUAUGACUUUUGUUAUUUUACUUGGUGAAGUAUAUUUAUGUAAUAAAUUUAUAGAUGAUGUGCAGAUAGAGAGGACAUUAUGCUCAAAUUCUAAUAUUGUAAUAAAUAUGGGUAAAAUUUCA